AGCAGCUCUUUCUAUAUAUAUAUCAAAACUCCUCUUUUGUAUGGCAGCGGCUGUAUUCUUCUUUUGGGGAUCAAUGGAAGGAGGCCGUACUGAGGUUCUGUGCAAAAUAAAAGGGUUCAUCCGUGCCCUGGUUGUGGAUAUCGGCUAUAAUAACAGCCUUUCGGUCGCUGUAGAUCGCCACCGAACCUACUGCUCCAAUUCUUCGGGAAACUGCUUUUGCAGCUUUGGGUUAUCACAUGUCAUUGAAAUAUUAUCGCUUGAGAAGGAAGGGCAUGCAUGCAGAUUGUACAUUCUUCUUAGGGUUCUUAUGAUCAUACAACAACUACUUCAAGAGAACAAGCAUGGAUCAAAAAGGGACAUAUACUACGUGGAACCAUCUCUUUUCAGUGAUCAAGCAGUUGUAAAUAGAGCAAUAAAUGACAUAUGCAUACUUUUGAAGUGCAGUCGACAUCAUUUAAAUGUGGUGCCUGUUGGAAGAGGUCUGGUCAUGGGUUGGGUAAGAUUUGUGGAAGCUGGCAGAAUUAAUUCUUGCAUAACAAGUCCCAGCACUGCUUAUGUGAUUCCUGUAUGCGUUGAAGAAGUUAAAGAUAUUGUGAGUGUUGCUCAAUACAUUCUUGUUGUGGAGAAAGAAACAGUUUUCCAGCGCCUAGCAAAUGAUAAAUUUUGUGAAAGAAAUCAUUGCAUAGUCAUCACAGGGCGAGGCUAUCCAGAUGUUUCUACUAGAAGAUUCCUGCAACUAAUUGUCAAACAACUGCAUUUGCCAGUGUACUGUCUAGUGGAUUUUGAUCCUUAUGGUUUUGAUAUCUUGGCAACGUACAGAUUCGGUUCAAUGCAAAUGGCGUACGAUGCAAAGCUGAUGCGUGUCUCAGAGAUACGCUGGUUAGGAGCAUUUUCUUCUGACUUUGAAAAGUACAAACUGCCAGAACGUUGCCUUCUAAGCUUGACAACUGAAGAUAAGAAGAAAGCUGAAGCAUUGUUGUCAAGAUGCUAUCUGCACCAGGAAGCUCCACAGUGGAGGUUGGAACUAGAGAUCAUGUUGCAUAAAGGACUGAAGUUUGAGAUAGAAGCAUUGUCAGCAUUGUCAUUAUCAUUCCUUUCAGAUGCUUACAUCCCUCUCAAGAUUAAAGAAGGAUGCCAUAUUUGACAAAGCUGAUUUCUUGAUUCAACUAUUAUCUUUCUUUUCAAAGAAAUUAUUCAUGUAUUUGUGUGAUAUUACUUUUUAGUAGUAUAUAUUUUGAUGGGCAUAAUCCAAAGGAAACAAUAUGAUAAACUAGAAGCAUUGAUCCAUCCUCCUAAAUAAAAAAGGGUGGAAAUUGCGAAAUGGUUGUAAAAAGUCAGUAGUCUGGCUGGGGCAUGGCAGUUCGAGCAGCGGGCCAGGCCAUUUUGUGAUACUGCAGCAAAGUGUAGUAGGCGUUUAAUGUUCCUCUGCCCCACUCUCCAUUUUUUGUUCUUUUUUUCUCCAGAGUUUUGUUUGGAUUGGAGAAAAUGAAACCAUUCGUAAACUUAUGAUUUUCAAGCUUUUUUUCUUCUCA